GAGUCUUCGAGGACAAAGUCCCAUGCCACAAAUGGCGCUUACGUGACCAAGAGCAAAAAUUGGCAAAUCCGCCAUAAGCGUUGCUAAAAUUUUCUAGUGACUGUAAUCAGCUUUCUCUCCCUUUUAUAUCCAACAACCUUUCAUUUCUUUCUUCUCACUUCAUCAAAACAAAGAACAAUCAUGUCUUGCUUUAAGGGAAAGUACCAUGAUGAACUGAUUGCCAAUGCUGCUUACAUUGGAACCCCUGGAAAGGGAAUCCUUGCAGCAGAUGAAUCAACUGGCACAAUAGGCAAGCGUUUAGCUAGCAUCAAUGUUGAGAAUGUUGAGUCCAAUAGGCGAGCUUAUCGCGAGCUCCUCUUUUGUGCGCCUGGAGUCCUUCAAUUCCUCAGUGGUGUGAUCCUUUUUGAGGAAACACUUUACCAGAAAACAACUGAUGGUAAGCUCUUUGUUGACAUUCUCAAGGGAGGCGGAGUUCUUCCAGGAAUCAAAGUUGAUAAAGGCAUUGUUGAGCUUCCUGGAACCAAUGGUGAAACUUCAACUCUUGGUCUUGAUGGCCUAGCUGAGCGCUGCCAGAAAUAUUAUGAAGCUGGUGCUCGAUUUGCUAAAUGGCGAGCUGUGCUAAAAAUUGGUCCAACUGAACCAUCUCAGCUUGCUAUCAGUGAGAAUGCCAAUGGCUUGGCACGUUACGCCAUUAUCUGCCAGGAAAAUGGCUUAGUACCUAUCGUCGAGCCGGAGAUUUUAGUCGAUGGAUCUCACGAUAUUAAUCGCUGUGCUGAUGUGACUGAGCGUGUUCUUGCAGCUUGCUACAAAGCUCUAAAUGAUAACCAUGUGCUGCUUGAAGGAACACUUUUGAAGCCAAACAUGGUGACCCCUGGCUCAGAUAGUGCAAAGGUGAAACCUGAGGUGGUGGCUGAGUACACAGUCAGGGCUUUACAGCGGACAGUUCCUCCUGCUGUUCCUGCUAUUGUGUUCCUUUCCGGCGGACAGAGCGAGGAGGAAGCCACCAUCAAUUUGAAUGCAAUGAACAAACUCAAAUGCAAAACACCAUGGUCACUUACAUUCUCUUUUGGCCGUGCUCUUCAGCAGAGUACUCUCAAGGCAUGGGCUGGAAAGGAGGAAAAUGUGAAGCCGGCCCAGGCUGCUUUACAUGUAAGAUGCAAAGCGAAUUCAGAAGCUACUUUAGGUUCCUACAAAGGUGAUGCUACGUUGGGAGAAGGUGCUGCAGAGAGUCUUCAUGUGAAGGAUUACAAAUACUAAAUCAUUUCGAGUUCUAUUCUAAUGAGCAAGCAAAGAUAUCUAACGAGAUGGUUCAUAGAUUGACUACUUGAGAAUGGUGGUCCUCAAUUUUCCUUUUAUUUUUAAAUUUGUUCCUCAUACAAUAUUCAAAUUUUCUCUUCAGUCUGGCUUUCUGAAGAAACUAUCAAUUAUGCAGCAGAGUUGCCCUGCAUUAUUUAGUGGGUACACAGAUGAAUGCACUAUAUCAUUUGCAGCACAAGUUUCAAGAUCAACUUUGGAUUCUUUUUGUUGGAUGUUAAUGUUACUCCAAUAAUGGAUUCUAGCUCUCUUGUUAUUUCUGCAAGUCUGCCUGAGCUUGUCCCAUUCUAGCUAUCAAGCUUUGUCAUAACUGUUGUUUGUUUGUGUGCUUUCUUGGCAGCUUGUAUUUUCCAUGAAAAUUUCCUUGAAUUGGAUGCACUCAUUUGCACUUAUAAUCAUCUAUAAUGUUACAGUGAUGCUUGAAGAACAAUUCAAAUCUUUUGGAUGAAAACAUUUGUGAAGCUUUUCAAGAUCAUUAACGAGUAGUAGGCAUGAAUAUGGGAUUUCAAGUUCUUGAGUUCCGGGUUUGGUUUUUCAAAUGGUAAACAAAUUUGC